AUGCAGAACAAGAACAUCACUAGUUCAAUAGCGGAGGAGGACUUCAGAGUAAAGGAGAAAUAUCGGAGGAGGGCAAGGAACUCGCAUGAGGAACAUGUCGUACUCCAGGUGUCCCCCAAGCUCUGGAGCGCUCUUACGACAGCUGGGAAAAUACAUGUAGAUCUGCAAAAAGUAUACGUGGAAGAUCAAUCCCCCCUAGUACAAUGCACUAGAUGUCUCGGAUUCGGACAUGGAAGGAGGAACUGCGAGAGCAAGGAAUCCGAGAUAUGUAUUGUGGAGGGAAUCACUUAA